GGUGAUCUGAGUGACUAGCGUGUGUAUUUUACUCUGCUCCUCCAGCUCAUUAGGGUCUUGUUACCCUUGCAGACGUGGACUUGUCCUCAUUUCUGCUGAUCAUUGAUCUCUGAUAGUCUUAUCAGCCUCAUAUAAAGACGUCCGGCUGAUAGACGUUCAGCAAAAGGCUGAAGAUGAUGGCGAUGACCCAGCGUCUGCUCGUCCUGACCGCUCUGCUGUCUCUGCUCCUGGCCUCACAGGUCCAGGCGGCACCCAUAGACACUGAAUGGGCGACCGGACUGAUCCAUCGGGCCAAGCGCUCGUUACUAUGGCGAUGGAACACUCUGAAACCCGUGGGUUCUGGAUGCAGAGAUCAUUAUGAGUGUGGAACCAACUACUGCAGGAAACACACCUGCUCCUUCAGUAAAGCUCAACAGGCAUGUGAUUGAGGCCAAAUGAUUAUGGCACCAAUUCAGAUGAUGGAAAACAAAACGGCUAAAAUUGUGCAUCCCUUGAUUUCUCAAACAUCAUGACCUACAUCAAUCUGACAAGACAUUCAAAGACAGCUGAAGACUUUAAGAUCUAUACCAACAAGAAAUGCCCAGGUCAUAUUAAACUCCAAAAUCAGAAGCAUUCUAAUUUAUUUGUUUUUGGCCUGAAAUAUGACCUGUUUUUGACACAUCUUCAGAAACCUCUCAGGAACAUGUCUGUAAGAACUCCAGUUUCAUCAUCGAUGUUUUAUAGUUGUACAGAUCUCGAUAACGUGUAAAAUAUUAACUUUGCAUCUAAAGUUUCUGAUUCAGAUUCAAUGAGGCCGAUAUGUUUAAUCUGAUAAAAUACAAACACACAUGGCAAAAGAAUCUGUAGCGAAUGUAUUUCAUUAUCAGCUGCAGCUUCCCGGAGAUUCAGGACUUUUAUUUAUUUUGUAAAUAUCAGACACAUAAAGUGAGAUGGUGUAACAUG